AUGCACAAAAGCGACGCGACCGCGUGGGCACAGCCUGAUCCCGGAGCGGAUCUCCAGCUCGUGUAUCCUGGAGCGGAUUCCCAGAGUCUGGAGCCCGGAGCAAAUUCCCAGAGUCUGAAGCCCGGAACGGAUUUCCAGAGUAUGGAGCCCGGAGCAAAUUCCCAGAGUCUGAAGCCCGGAACGGAUUUCCAGAGUAUGGAGCCCGGAGAAAAUUCCCAGAGUCUGAAGCCCGGAACGGAUUCCCAGAGUAUGGAGCCCGGAGCAAAUUCCCAGAGUCUGAAGCCCGGAACGGAUUCUCAGAGUAUGGAGCCCGGAGCAAAUUCCCAGAGUCUGAAGCCCGGAACGGAUUUCCAAAGUAUGGAGCCCGGAGAAAAUUCCCAGAGUCUGAAGCCCGGAACGGAUUUCCAGAGUAUGGAGCCCGGAGCAGAUUUAAAAAAUCUGGAGCCCGAUUUUAAUAAUCUGGAGCCCGGUGCGGAUUUCCAGAGCCUGGUGCCCGGGGCAAACUCCCAGAGUCUGAAGCCCGGAGCGCACUCCAAGAAUCUGGAGCCCGGAGCAGAUUUUAAAAAUGUGGAGCACGGAGCGGAUUCCCAGAACCUGGAGCCCGGAGCAAACUCCCAGAGUCUGAAGCCCGGAGUGCACUCCGAGAAUCUGGAGCCCGGAGCAGACUUUAACAAUCUGGAGCCUGGAGCGGAUUCCCAGAGUCUGGAGCCCGGAGCAAACUCCCAGAGUCUGAAGCCUGGAGCGCACUCCUAG